AAUAAAAACAGAGAGACUCAGAUCUCACGAGGAGAAAAAAACGCAAUGAGGACACCGACGAUGCUGCUCCUAUUAGUCGGAGCUCUAAUCUUCUCGGGCACCGGCUUGGUGAGAUCAGACGCCUCCGACCACCGUUACAAGGAAGGAGACACCGUUCCUCUCUACGCCAACAAGGUCGGCCCAUUUCACAAUCCAAGUGAGACGUAUCGGUAUUUUGAUCUCCCCUUCUGUGUUCCAGAGGGUGUGAAGGAGAAGAAGGAAGCCUUUGGCGAGGUUCUAAACGGUGAUAGGCUCGUUAGCGCUCCAUACAAACUCAACUUCAGAGAUGAAAAAGACUCUGAGGUCUACUGCAAAAAGAAGCUGAGGAAAGAAGAGGUCAAACAGUUCCGAAAAGCCGUUGAGAAAGCCUGCUACUUCCAGAUGUACUACGAUGACCUCCCCAUCUGGGGAUUCAUUGGAAAAGUUGACAAACAAAUCAAAUCUGAUCCGAGUGAACACAGAUACUUCCUCUACAAGCACAUCCAGUUUGAGAUUCUCUACAACAACGACCGCGUGAUCGAAAUCAGCGCCAGGAUGGAUCCUCAUUCGCUUGUGGAUCUCACUGAGGACAAAGAAGUCGAUGCGGAGUUUAUGUACACUGUGAAGUGGAAGGAGACCGAGACUCCGUUUGAGAAGAGGAUGGAGAAGUACUCCAUGUCUUCUUCUCUUCCGCAUCACUUGGAGAUCCACUGGUUCUCUAUUAUUAACUCAUGCGUCACUGUCCUUCUUUUGACUGGGUUCCUUGCGACUAUCUUGAUGCGAGUCCUCAAAAACGAUUUCAUGAAGUAUGCUCAAGACGAGGAAGCUGCUGAUGAUCAAGAAGAAACUGGGUGGAAGUACAUUCAUGGAGAUGUCUUUAGGUUCCCAACGCACAACUCUUUGUUUGCUGCAUCACUCGGUUGUGGUACUCAAUUGUUCACUCUCACCGUAUUCAUCUUCAUGCUAGCUCUUGUUGGAGUGUUCUACCCAUACAACCGAGGAGCACUCUUCACCGCUUUAGUGGUCAUUUACGCUCUAACUUCUGGAAUCGCUGGAUACACAUCCGCCUCGUUCUACUGCCAACUUGAAGGAAAAAGCUGGGUGAGAAACUUGUUACUCACAGGAUGUCUCUUCUGCGGUCCUCUAUUCCUAACCUUCUGCUUCCUCAACACCGUCGCCAUCACCUACACCGCAACCGCGGCACUACCCUUCGGAACCAUCGUUGUAAUCGUCCUUAUAUGGACACUAGUCACGUCUCCUCUCCUCGUCUUAGGCGGCAUCGCCGGCAAAAACAGCAAAUCCGAGUUCCAAGCACCGUGCCGCACGACCAAGUACCCGCGCGAGGUUCCGCCGCUCCCUUGGUACAGAAGCGCUCUUCCUCAGAUGGCGAUGGCUGGUUUCCUUCCUUUCAGCGCCAUCUACAUCGAGCUUUACUACAUUUUCGCUAGCGUGUGGGGUCACCGGAUCUACACCAUCUACAGCAUCCUCUUCAUCGUGUUCAUCAUCCUCAUCAUCGUCACGGCUUUUAUAACCGUCGCCUUGACUUACUUCCAGCUCGCUGCGGAAGAUCACCAGUGGUGGUGGAGAUCAUUCCUAUGCGGUGGAUCGACUGGUUUGUUUAUAUACGCUUACUGCUUAUACUAUUACUACGCUCGAUCAGACAUGUCGGGUUUCAUGCAAACCUCGUUCUUCUUCGGGUACAUGGCUUGCAUUUGCUAUGGAUUCUUCUUGAUGCUCGGGACUGUCGGCUUCCGCGCAGCACUUUUCUUUGUUCGUCACAUUUACAGGUCGAUCAAAUGCGAGUAAGAAGAAGUCUUAUCUUCCCUUCUUCUGCCUCGUUAAGAAUUUUGCUAGAACAAAGAAAGACAGAGAGAGAUAGGUUGUUAGAAAGAAGAGAGAAA